ACAGAAAAGCUCUCAGAUACCUUUAACCGCAGAGUUUGACGAAGCCUUUGUUACAAAAGGCUAUGUAAUACUCUGUGUCAUUUUAAGAUGCGUGUGGAUAAUGUACUCAACUUUUAUCGUAUGUAGUUCAAGCUCGUGUAUUUGUCUAGGUACGGGGCUAAUAUGUAGUCAAUUUUAGCUAACUGAGUUAAAGCAUAUUGAAUUGAAAUGUUAUGACCGAGGCAGCGUUAUUUUAUUUUAUGGUUAUAAGUGGCAGGUUAAUAUAAAAUACAACGUGUGUUGAGAGACAUAGACCGAGUGUUGAAUAUUGUUAACUAAACAAACAUUUCAUGAAAGCGAGCCUCGUAUUACAGCUCGAUAACCCCAAGCUUAGCUUUGUAAGGUAUACGAACCUCUAUUGUUGUGUGCACUUCCAUGAAUCGUGGUUUUGAUAGGAACGGCUUUGUCAGCAAUAUAAUAUUCUUAGUUUAUAAAACUGUUUUACCUUCAUUUUUUAUAUCUUAUUAGAGACAAGUUUAUCGUAUUAAAUUCGUAAAAACAGACCGCCUUAAAAUUAUACAUGGAGGUUGAGCAACCAAAUGCUGCGGCUGCUGCCGAGAAGCGUGUCUUGUUGACUGAGACGGCUGAAACGAAAGAAAAAGAAGGUGAAACUCCCCGCAGAACCCCUACUACACCUGGCUCCAAUGAAGGGGGUGUAGAUUCCGAAACUGCCCCGCAUUACGAAGAUCCCUACGACCGAGCUGUUGUCUAUAUGGAGAAACAUCACGUUCUCCACCUUUUUCGGGAAAUCACCGAACACAUGGUGUACACGAGACCAGAAGAUCCGCUCAAGUUUAUGCUGAAUGAAGUACAAAACUUAAUAAACGAACGAGACAGGAAGAUCGCGGAUAUGGUGAAGGCCGCCUCGCCAUCCAGUUAAAAACACAAUCAAAGUGGUUAAACUAAACCAAAACUGAACGACAUGACAUGUCCAGUUAGAACAAACAAUUUCGUUACUGUUACUUGCUUUUACAUUUUCCCAAUUAGUGUGUGUUAUUGCCACUGUUGUGCUAUAGUUCCACUGUGUUCAAGUCGUUGAAAUCACCAGUUUAUCUGUCGUACCUGCCCUAACCUCCGUACUAUUAAAAAUACACAAAAAA